CUUCGACAACUACUCGGCCCCCAUGGUCGUGGACGGCAUCCCCGUGUCGCUCGGCCUCUGGGACACGGCCGGGCAGGAGGACUACGACCGACUGAGGCCGCUGUCCUAUCCACAGACGGACGUGUUCCUGAUCUGCUUCAGCGUGGUGUCGCCGUCGUCGUUCGAGAACGUCACGUCCAAGUGGUACCCGGAGAUCAAGCACCACUGCCCGGACGCCCCCAUCAUUCUCGUCGGCACGAAAAUCGACCUCCGUGAGGACAAGGAGACGCUGGCCAUGCUGGGCCAGGCGGGCCAGUCCCCGGUCAAGCGCGAGUCCGGCCAGAAGCUGGCCAACAAGAUCCGGUCGGUCAAGUACAUGGAGUGCUCGGCCCUCACGCAGAGGGGCCUCAAGCAGGUUUUUGACGAAGCGGUUCGAUCUGUUCUCCGGCCCGAGCCUGUAAAGAGAAGACAGAGGAAGUGUACGUUACUUUAAGAAAGAAGGAAGAGGAGGAGGAGGGAGGAGGAGGAGAA